UUUCGUGGACUCGCCCCCCUCCUCUCUCUCUCUCUCUCUCGCUCUCUCUCCCUCUCUCUCAGCAGGAAUGUGGACUUCUUCAGUUCACUCAGUGUGGGAAGCUCCGCGCGUCCCCUCACUCUCCCUCUCUCUGUCCGGGACUGAAUGAAUAAUAAUCGAUCACCGCUUUGGUUCAACAUAUUGAUGAUCAGCAGCAGCAGGAGCAGGAGCUGCAAGUGAUUGAUCUUUGAUCGGAUUAUACUCUCACUGGGUUUUUUGGUUGUGUGAAGGAGAUUCUCGUGUGUUGUGUUUCUGAGUCUGUGGAGGAGAAAAGUUUGCUGUGGAGUCCGCAGAUGUUCACCUCAUUCCGGGGCUCCUUCACCAUGGACCCGGAGUCACUGAGAAGGUGAAGACUGCUGGUGUUAAGUGCUCAGUGUGACCCUCAUCACAGCAACUGCUCAUAUAACUGCCUUCAGUUCAGUGACAGACUGUUAACCAUGGCGUCAAGUCUGACAUGUGCGGGCGUGAUCUGGGCCCUGUUGUCCCUGCUCUGCGCCGCCGCCUCCUGCGUGGGCUUCUUCAUGCCCUACUGGCUGCUGGGGACGCAGAUGGACAAGCCCGUGUCCUUUGGCACGUUCCGGCGCUGCUCCUACCCGGUGAGGGACGAGGAGCGGCAGGCCACCGUCAUGCUGGAGCAGUGCGGCCGCUACGCCUCCUUCAACGGCAUCCCGAGUCUGGAGUGGCGGAUCUGCACGGUGGUGACGGGCGUGGGGUGCGGCCUCCUCCUGCUGGUGGCGCUCACGGCCCUCAUGGGCUGCUGCAUCUCUGACCUCAUCUCGCGCACGAUUGGCCGCGUGGCCGGUGGCAUCCAGUUUGUUGGAGGUCUGCUCAUAGGAUCAGGCUGCGCUCUCUACCCACUGGGAUGGGACAGCGAGGAAGUCCAACAAACCUGCAGCAACAGCUCCAACCAGUUUCAACUAGGAUCCUGCCAGAUUGGCUGGGCUUAUUACUGCACCGGAGCCGGGGCGGCGGCCGCCAUGCUGCUGUGCACCUGGCUUUCCUGUUUCGCUGGGAAAAAGCAGAAGCAGUACCCGUACUGAAGACGACAUCUGCAUCACAGAAUGAGAGACGGGGACAGACGGAGACCUCAGGCGGUACAAGAAAAAGGGGAGAGCGUCCUCUGACUCUGUGGACUCGCAGCAGCAGCACAGCACACCAGGCACCAAAGACGCCCGAGUCAUUCUGGUGCUCUGCACAUCACAGGACACGACUCAUCAUCUGACAACUGCAGGGACUGUUUCAUAAUGCAACACACACACACACACGGCUCUGAAAAAGCAGUUCUUAAAUGAAAAAUAAAUGGACCAAUCCUAUUUGUAAAAUUCCUGUAACAAAGAGUUUUUUUUUUCUCUGUUUUGUCUUCCUCUCCUUUAGUCAUUGAUGUUUCUGUGAUAAUGUGACCCUGUGAUUAAGAGAAACAUAAAACUUAGGGAUGUAACGAUACGUAAAAUCUCAUGAUUACGUUAAUACCAUGGAAUGGUAUAGAAUGUAUUGAUGUAUUGAAUCUAUUGAGAGAUUUUUCAUCUUAAUAAUCCACUUACCAACAAGAUCUACAUCCCAAAACAAAGUGUGGAGGACCCUCCCCCCUCAUCAUGCCAACUAAAUAAAUCAGAAACCAAGCAGAGAUGACACACAGUGCGUUUACAUGCAUGUUAAGAGUCCAAUUUUAGUUGGACUAAGACAAUAAUUCGGUUUUCUUAAUGUCACGUUAGUCCAACUAAUAUCAAGCUAGUCUUAGUUGGACUAACAUAACCUGGAUGAUGUGAUUCAUAGUCCGAUUACUCUUGCAUGUAUACGCUUAGUCAGACUGGAGUCGGACUUGGCGUUCUGCUCAUGCACCAAAAUGUCCUCCCCGGUCUUUGACCCGGAAGUAGAAGGAGAAGACGUAUAAGCUGUGGUGGUGGCGUCUUUUUUUGAACAGCACACACAAGCCAGCACACCACUCAGACAUACACAGCCAGUAUGUGUAUGUAUACUCGGACUCUGCAAAUUGCCCGAUUGCCUGUCUUAGUCAGACUACGGCCUUAGCUCUAUUAAACUGUGGAUGUAAACGUAAACGUAAACGAGUGACGUAAACCUGUUGAGGAAUACAACAUUGGUUCCUUAGAUAGAAGAAGAGGGAGAAGGAGAAAGAUAAAUACACCAUUACCAUGGUAGAGAUCACAGUGACAGCUGCAGUACAAUGUAAGGUCAGUGGUGAAUUUAGCCUGGGUUCACUGCUGCUUAUGUGGAUGGGAGGGAAAUCCAGAGCUUUUCCACAUUUUUAAACCUUGGUCUUACAAUAUCGUGUAAUUGACAGUGUCGUUACAUCCCAGGUAGUACUUGUACAUUGUUACGUGAAGUGUCUCUGUCCUCUCUUCAUCUUUGCCUUAAUAAACACACAGAAAUGCAAUAAUUCCUGUUACGUAAAAGCAAUCCACAACCUUCCUCAACCUCAGCCUUUUUUUUUUCCAAAUCCCACUAAUCUUAAGUAUAGUUUUAUUUAACACAUUUCAUCAGAUACGUACGGUAUACGUUGUGUAAAUGUACUUUUUAUCAUUUUAGCACCUGUUUUGUAUUCACUGUUCAAAUUAUUCUUUGUCAUAUAUUUUUUUGUUUGUUUUCGCUUUGUAAAUAAAUGUUUAUUGAAAUCCUG